AUGGCUGGAGACUAUAGAAAACAUGGCAGCAAAGGACACUACAGAUAUCACUGGCAGAGCCACAAUGUCAAGCACAGUGGAGUGGAUGAUAUGGUCCUUCUUUCCAAAAUCACAGAGGAUUCCAUAGUGGAGAACCUAAAGAAGCGAUACAUGGAUGAUUAUAUUUUUACAUAUAUUGGCUCUGUAUUAAUCUCUGUGAAUCCUUUCAAGCAAAUGCCAUAUUUUGGGGAAAAGGAAAUUGAAAUGUACCAAGGAGCAGCGCAGUAUGAAAACCCACCACAUAUUUAUGCUCUUGCAGACAGCAUGUACAGAAACAUGAUUAUUGACAGAGAAAAUCAGUGUGUCAUCAUUAGUGGAGAAAGUGGUGCUGGAAAGACUGUAGCUGCUAAAUAUAUCAUGAGUUAUAUCUCCAAAAUUUCAGGAGGUGGCCCUAAAGUACAGCAUGUUAAAGAUAUUAUUCUGCAGUCUAACCCUUUACUGGAGGCCUUUGGGAAUGCAAAAACCGUACGGAACAACAACUCCAGCAGAUUUGGAAAAUACUUUGAAAUCCAGUUUAGCCCGGGUGGAGAACCAGAUGGAGGAAAAAUCUCCAACUUUCUAUUGGAAAAAUCUCGAGUUGUAAUGAGGAAUCCUGGAGAGAGGAAUUUUCACAUUUUUUACCAGUUAAUUGAAGGAGCCUCCUCGGAACAAAAAAGCAGUCUUGGCAUUACCAGUAUGGACUACUAUUACUAUUUGAGUCUCUCUGGGUCUUACAAAGUUGAUGACAUCAAUGACAAAUCAGAUUUCCAAGAAACACUGCAUGCAAUGAGUGUGAUUGGGAUCUUUGCAGAGGAACAGGUGUUGGUGCUGCAGAUAGUGGCAGGAAUACUGCAUUUGGGAAAUAUCAGCUUCAAGGAGGUUGGCAACUAUGCAGGAGUGGAGAGUGAGGAGUUUUUGGCUUUCCCUGCUUUUCUCCUGGGAAUUAACCAGGACCGCCUGAAGGAAAAGCUAACCAGCAGACAGAUGGACAGCAAGUGGGGAGGCAAAUCUGAGUCCAUUAAUGUAACGCUGAAUGUGGAACAAGCCUGCUACACCAGGGAUGCACUGGCCAAGGCCCUUCAUUCCCGUGUUUUUGACUACUUGGUGGAUUCUAUUAACAAGGCUAUGGAGAAGGACCAUCAAGAAUAUAACAUUGGUGUUCUUGAUAUUUAUGGAUUUGAAAUAUUCCAGAAAAAUGGUUUUGAGCAGUUCUGCAUCAACUUUGUUAAUGAAAAGCUACAGCAGAUUUUUAUUGAACUGACACUGAAGGCAGAACAGGAAGAAUAUGUGCAAGAAGGAAUUAGAUGGACACCAAUAGAUUACUUUAACAACAAAAUAGUGUGUGACCUUAUAGAGAACAAAGUGAAUCCCCCAGGAAUUUUGAGCAUUUUAGAUGAUGUGUGUGCCACAAUGCAUGCAGUGGGAGAAGGAGCUGACCAAACACUGCUUCAAAAACUCCAGAUGCAGAUUGGGACUCAUGAACAUUUCAACAGCUGGAACCAGGGAUUUAUCAUUCAUCAUUAUGCUGGAAAGGUAUCUUAUGAUAUGGAUGGAUUCUGCGAGAGAAAUCGGGAUGUUCUUUUCAUGGACUUGAUUGAACUCAUGCAGAGCAGUGAUUUGCCUUUUAUAAAGGCUCUGUUUCCUGAAAAUCUUCAAGUGGACAAGAAGGGCCGUCCUACCACUGCGGGCAGUAAAAUCAAAAAACAAGCAAAUGACCUUGUUGGCACCCUAAUGAAGUGCACACCCCAUUACAUCCGCUGCAUCAAACCAAAUGAAACAAAGAAGUCUCGAGAUUGGGAAGAAAGCAGGGUAAAGCAUCAAGUGGAAUACUUGGGUCUGAAAGAAAACAUUCGAGUGAGAAGAGCUGGGUAUGCCUACAGGCGGGUUUUCAAGAAGUUUUUGCAGAGGUACGCUAUUCUGACCAAAGCAACCUGGCCUUCCUGGAAAGGGGAGGAGAAACAAGGAGUUCUCCAUCUGCUUCAGUCAGUCAACAUGGAUCCUGACCAAUACCAGCUUGGAAAAUCCAAAGUCUUCAUCAAAGCUCCAGAGUCUCUAUUUUUAUUAGAAGAGAUGAGAGAACGGAAGUAUGAUGGAUAUGCCAGGGCCAUCCAGAAGGCCUGGAGGAAGUAUGUGGCCAGGAGAAAAUAUGUACAGAUGAGAGAAGAAGCAUCAGAUCUGUUGCUGAACAAGAAAGAGAGAAGGCGUAACAGCAUUAACAGGAAUUUCGUGGGAGAUUACAUAGGCAUGGAGGACCAUCCAGAGCUACGUCAGUUUGUGGGCAAACGUGAGAAGAUUGAUUUUGCAGACACUGUAACUAAAUAUGACAGGCGGUUUAAGAGCGUGAAGCGAGAUCUUGUCCUCACUCCAAAAUGCGUAUACCUGAUUGGGCGUGAGAAGAUAAAGCAGGGUCCAGAGAAGGGCCAUGUGAAGGAAGUUUUAAAGCGAAGGAUGGAAGUGGAGAGAAUUCUUUCUGUUUCUCUAAGCACAAUGCAGGAUGACAUUUUCAUUCUACAUGAACAGGAAUAUGAUAGUUUGCUGGAAUCGGUCUUCAAAACGGAGUUUUUAAGCCUCUUAUCAAAACGAUUUGAAGAGAAAACACAAAGAAAGCUACCUCUGAAAUUUAGCAAUACACUUGAAAUGAAGCUGAAAAAGGAGAGUUGGGGGCCCUGGAGCAGUGGUGGGUCUCGACAAGUGCAAUUUAUGCAAGGCCAAGGAGAUAAAGCCAUUCUCAAGCCAAGUAAUAAAGUGCUGCAGAUCAGCAUUGGACCAGGGCUACCAAAGAAUUCCCGUCCUACCAGACGGAAUUUUACCCAAAGUAGAGCAUAUGCCAACAAGUCUCAAAGUCAGACUUAUCCUAUGAGAGCUGCACCACCUCCACCUGGUCAGCAACAAAAUGGAGUAAUAAGUGCCCCACAGUUUGUACCAGUUCCCCAUGUCCCAGGAAAUCAGCGGGCCAGUCAGAAAAACCUGUAUACAAAUAUGACACGACCAACUUUACCACGGCAACUAUCGGGAGGAUCAGGCAAGAUCUCGCAACAACCAGAAAGCUUGGAUUUCCUGAAAGUACCUGACCAAGGAGCAGCCGGUGUUCGGAGGCAGACAACAAGCAGACCCCCACCAGCUGGAGGAAGACCUAAACCACAACCCAAACCUAAACCCCAGGUACCACAGUGCAGGGCACUGUAUGCAUAUGAUGCUCAGGAUACAGAUGAACUCAGCUUUAAUGCCAACGAUGUGAUUGAUAUAAUUAAAGAAGAUCCUUCUGGCUGGUGGACAGGAAGACUACGAGGAAAACAAGGUCUUUUUCCCAACAAUUAUGUCACCAAGAUAUAAAAGACUGUGAGACAAAAAUUGGCAUGAUGUUACCAGUAAUUCAAGAUGAUUCCUCUUGCCUCCAGGUGUCUUCUGAGAUCUGCUGUUCUCAGCAGUAGAAUCACCAGUAAAGUUGUAUACGAGUAGGAAGAAAAUGACCCAGAGCACAGACCUUGUUCUUUUGUCUCAGAAGCAUAUAGUAAUGGACAUAAUGAUCAAUUAUUUAUUCUAUUUAAAACUUGGGGUUUAAGACCUAGGAA